AUGGCUGGCCUCUCCACUGCAUCACCAGUGGAAGCCAUUUUGGAUAAAGAAAAUUUCACUCUGGAGGAGCUGUUGGACGAGGAUGAAAUAAUUCAAGAAUGCAAAGCUCUUAAUGGCCGUCUUAUAAAUUUUUUGCGUGAAAGAGCAAAUGUUGAGCAACUGAUUCAGUACAUAGUAGAAGAGGCCCCGGAGGAUGCUGACAGACAACGUACAUUCAAGUUUCCUUUUAUUGCUUGUGAGAUUUUUACUUGUGAAGUUGAUAUUAUACUCAAAGCUCUGGUAGAGGAUGAGGAGUUGAUGGAUCUUCUGUUCUCCUUUUUGGUGUCUGAGCGUCCCCAUAGUACUCAACUGGCUGGUUAUUUCAGUAAGGUUGUCGUUUGCCUCUUGCUGCGGAAAACAACUCCUCUGAUGAAUUACAUACAAGUUCAUCGGGAAAUUAUUAAAAGGCUUGUUGACUUAAUUGGAAUUACAUCUGUAAUGGAGGUUUUGAUUCGUCUAAUUGGCGCUGACGAACAUAUUUACACGAACUGUCCAGACUCUAUGCAGUGGUUGGAAGAUAUGAAUGUGCUGGAGAUGAUUGUUGACAAAUUCAGUUCAUCUGACUGUCCUGAAGUACAUGCUAAUGCUGCAGAAACGUUAUGUGCAAUAACAAGAUACGCUCCACCUGGGAUAGCUUCAAGAAUCUCCGGCUCAAGUUUUAUAGAGAGAUUGUUUUGCCAUGUUCUGGAGGGUUCGAGGCCAAAGUCAGUUUUGGUGAACUUGUUAUCAGUCUGCAUAUCCUUGUUAGACCCCAAGAGAUUGACCUCUGGGACAUAUUACUUGUAUGCCCGCCAAAUGACACAUGAAUCAGGUAUUUCGGCUAAUCCUGAGACUGUUCAAGCCAUGCUGGAGAGUCUAGGUGAUCUGCUCAAGCUUUUGGAUAUUUCAUCUGAGGAUCAUGUCUUGCUUACUACAUACGGAAAAUUGCAGCCUCCUUUAGGAAAGCAUCGAUUGAAGAUUAUAGAGUUCAUCUCAGUCUUGGUGGCUGUGAGUAGCGAAGUUGCAGAAAAGGAAUUGAUUCGCCUGGGUGCUGUGAAGCGUAUUCUUGAGUUGUUUUUUGAGUAUCCAUUCAAUAAUUUCCUGCAUGAUCAUGUGGAGCGUAUUGUUACAACUUGCCUGGAUAGCAAGAAUCCUAAGUUUGUUGACCAUCUUUUACAUGAAUGUAAUCUUAUUGGGAGAAUUCUUGAAGCAGAGAGAAACUUCACUUUGACAGUUGAUACAAGCAAGCCUACUAUUGCUGCUGAGGGAAGAUCACCACCCAGGAUAGGGAUUUUUGGUCACUUAACCCGUAUUGCUAAUAAACUUGUUCAAUUAGCGAAUAGCAACAGUGAGAUUCAAACAUAUUUACAGGAGAAUAGUGAUUGGGUUGAUUGGCAAACCAAUGUGUUGCUUAAGCGAAAUACUGUGGAAAAUGUCUUUCAAUGGGCAUGCGGGAGGCCCACGGCUCUACUGGAUCGGACACGAGACAGCGAUGAAGAUGACUAUCAGGACAGGGAUUAUGAUGUUGCAGCAUUGGCAAAUAACUUGAGCCAGGCUUUCCGAUAUGGAAUUUACAGUAAUGAUGAUAUCGAGGAGGCCCAUGGUUCCCUUGAGCGUGGUGAUGAGGACGUUUACUUUGAUGAUGAAUCUGCUGAAGUCGUUAUUUCUUCCCUUCGUCUGGGCAAUGAACCGGAAAGCGGAUCUCUUUUUACAAACUCCGAUUGGUUUGCUUUCGAGGAUGAGAAAACCGCCGAUUACGAGCACCCAUCCGACCCAAAUGCUUCCUUGUCCCCUGAAGCUGGUGGUGCCCACGAGGGUGCCAAAGAAACAGAUAGAGAUGUGGUGGCUGUUCGGGAAGACGAGGAUUUAGCAGAUACAGCCACUUCCGAGAGUCCGGACGAGAAACCCGACUCAGGCGGGGCCACAGUUUCUGACAAGCCACCUGAGUGGGUCGAGUGGAGGGAAAGCUCACAUUCGAUCGAGUUCCCUCCUAACUCGAAUUCUACUACCACUGCUACUACUACUAACACGAAUGCUCUAGAUCAGGAGGUUGUACCUUUUUCCAAUGGGGAGGUACAAAUGGAGUUAGGUGAACCCGAGCUUGUUGAACCACCUAAACCGGCUGCAUCGGGUAGUGUUGAGAUUAUUGAUAGUGGAGGGCCACCUGUUCUCUUGGGUGCAAAACCUUCAGAAUCUACAGAAGUGGGUGAAAAAGACAAGGCACUGGAAAACUGA